GUGGUUCUCCUGGGGAUUGACAUCCUUUCUGCGCUAGUGUCCCGCUUGCAAGAUCGCUUCAAGGCCCAGAUUGGCACAGUGCUGCCAAGUUUACUUGAUAGGCUGGGAGACUCUAAGGACUCAGUGAGGGAGCAGGAUCAGACCUUGCUGCUAAAAAUCAUGGAACAAGCUGCUAACCCUCAGUACGUGUGGGACAGGAUGCUUGGAGGAUUCAAACACAAGAAUUUCCGAACGAGAGAAGGGAUUUGCCUCUGCCUUAUUGCAACACUCAAUGCAUCUGGAGCUCAGAGUUUAACGCUGAGUAAGAUAGUGCCACAUAUAUGUAACUUACUUGGAGAUCCAAACAGCCAGGUUCGAGAUGCAGCAAUAAACAGCCUUGUGGAGAUUUACAGACAUGUUGGUGAACGUGUAAGGGCUGAUCUCAGUAAAAAAGGAUUACCCCAAUCUCGGUUGAAUGUAAUUUUUACAAAAUUUGAUGAGGUCCAAAAAUCUGGAAACAUGAUCCAGAGUUCAAGUG